AUGGCACAAAAUCCUCAGGCCUUUUACGAGCUGUAUCGCCGUAGCAGCAUCGGGAUGGCGCUUACGGAUACCCUCGAUGAUCUGAUCAGCGACCGUCGGAUCGAACCUCAACUUGCGAUGAAAAUCCUAGCGAACUUCGAUCGAAGCAUUACAGAGGCAUUGGCUGAGAAAGUGAAGGCAAGGUUGACGUUCAAGGGUCAUCUUGACACAUACCGUUUCUGCGACGAAGUCUGGACGUUCUUGAUCAAAGAUGUAACUUUCAAAAUGGACAACCAAACCCAACCAGUAACGGCCGAGAAGAUACGAAUUGUCAGCUGUAACGCUAAGAGGCCUGGAGACCCCCAGUGA